AUGGCCUACAACAACUCAACCAAUGGCGAACGACUGUUGAAUACGUCAGACGCCCUGUUGAAUGAAGAUAUAGGCGCCUUAGGGGUGUUUGCUUCUCAUAUCAACUCCUCUCGGCUAGUGACGCCGAAACGAAACUCCAGGCUUGACAGUUUAGAUUCUGUAUCAAAGCCCAGCACGGUGGACGAAAUUACACCACCGACCUCGGACAAGGAAGGUGAAAUUCAAGAAAAUAACCAAGCUUGGAAGACUCAGAAUGCCCCCAGCUUGUUAUCCCCAGAUCACAUGCAGCAUCCAGCAAUGACCAAACACCUCCAAAACGGAAAUGGCUUUUCUCAUAUAAACAACAAUACGAACACUCUUAAGCCAUUUAAUCUCCCCCCAAUAUCUCCAUCACCGCUACCAAUGAAUGGCGGCAGCCUGAGAAACAUAAACGGCGUACUUAAUGAUUCUUCAGCAGUAACCGACAAACAGCCAACAGCUACCACAACAUCGCCCAGGGUAUCAGCAUUCACACUUUUGGCAGCAAUAUUGGAACAACUUGGAGGCAAAGACAGACUCGGAAAGGUCAUACAAUAUGGGCUCAGAAUUCUGCUAAUUUAUUCCAAGAGAUCAUCAACAUUUUUAAGCACAGUUUACGAAGUUUCCGAUGCAAGUCUGAACAAGUCCGGAGGGAGGUUUUCUUUACUGGUCUCUCUUCUGAGAAGGCCUGAACUUUUGUUGUAUUGGUUCCUUAAGCAGUUUGAGAAGAAGGCCACGGGUCUAUCUUCCGGCCUCUCAAUGUAUCGUCAAAUGCUACGUGCAGGUAAAACUCCUUUCCGGCUAGUCAAUCUCGGUUACAAGAUUAAUGAUACUUUCCAAGUUUUCAAGAAGAAAGGAGUAGACGAUGGCAUUGUUUACUUCCGCAAGAAUUGGGUCAAUGAGAAGACUGUCACUGAACUGGCACAACUGUAUUAUAGUUGGUUUGAUGAGUCGUUACUAUGUUUUAAGCUAAAGAUGAUAGACGACCCUAAAUAUCGGGGAAUUGCCACUAGACAGGAGCGCCUGGCAUGGCUUUCCACCAUUCUCCUAACUCUAAAGAAGAACAUAUUCAAAUACCAAGCAAAUAAACGCAAAGAGCAACAUAUUAGGAUAAACCAACAGGUUAAGUAUAGAGCUAAAGCAUUGCUGAGCAAUAUUUCGGAUCAACAUCAACAGAAUAGAUCGUCACCACGAAGUAUAUCCAACUAUUCCCCAAGAAUCCAGGCUUAUCCCUCAAGAAUGGCCUCUCCAUCUCCUUCAAUGAAGAUGGCAUUGACAAACUCCGUCAGCUUGCAGGAUACAAUGGAUGCGGAACUAGAAGCGUUGGCAAACGAACAAUAUUACGUCAUGCUAGAUAUCCUUAAGGGAUUUUGCGAUCUUUCAUUUGACAUGGUAAACAUAUUUUCUAUCCAGAUCCCUGAGGUAUUACAUCUCCUCUUCGGCUUUGGUGCAGGGUCACUGGCCUUAACGGGAGUCGUAUCCAAAACGAGACAAGAACUAAUAAAUAAACAGAUAUAA